AUGGGUUUCUCAAAUCUUAUGAAAGCAGCUUUGCUUUCCUCACUUACCUUUAGCAAUGCCCAGACUAUUGCACCGCCUAGGGCGAAUUCUUCUACAGCUAUCCUAGCCCCGCUUCCGUUUCCUUCAGAUCUUUGUGGGAUCAAUGGCUAUCCUACAGGUCUAGAAGGGAAAGUUUCCACACCUCAACUUCCAGAUGGCGAGCUCACGGCUAUGUUACGACAAGUCUCGCCAGAGCGAAUUGGUGCUAUUAUUGAGAAGCUGGUUUCUUUUGGGACGAGGCAUACACAGAGUACGCAAACCGAUCCAGCAAGAGGCAUUGGUGCCGCUCGAGACUGGCUUUUGAAGGAGUUCCAAAGUUACGCAGCAGCGAGCGACGGCUGGAUGACCGUCGAGUUACAGAGUUAUAUUCAACCCGCCGGCGGCCGUUUGACGGCUGAUACUAAUGUCAGCAAUAUCAUCGCAACUUUGAAAGGAACCACCGACCCUGGUAGGAUUAUUGUACUUUCUGGCCAUUAUGACUCUCGUAAAACAGAUGUCAUGGACUUCACUGGCGAUGCUCCAGGAGCUGAUGACGAUGCUUCUGGCGUAGCUAUUUCUCUGGAACUAGCAAGAAUUAUGGCUACUCACCGACCUGCCGCAACGAUUCAAUUUGCUGCCGUGGCAGGUGAAGAACAGAACCUCUAUGGGUCAGGAUAUAUGGCUAGACAGCUAGCGGCCAAAAACGCAAACGUCCAAGGCAUGUGGACCAACGAUAUUGUAGGCUCGCCGAUUGGAGAUGACGGAAAGAACAACUCAAAUAUUAUCCGGUUAUUUGCACAAGGAACACCCGUCAAUGAGACCUCCGCAAGAGCUUCUCGUCGCCUCACAAUUGGCGGUGAAUCUGACUCCCCUGCUCGCCAGCUUGGUCGUUUCACGCGCGACGUAGCAUCCAACGUCUUGACGGGUAUGUCCGUGGAGACUAUAUACCGUACCGAUCGCUACCUCAGAGGCGGUGAUCACUCUUCCUUUCUGGCCCAAGGCUACGCCGCCAAUCGCUUCACCGAGCCUCGAGAGAACUUCGCUCACCAACACCAAGACGUCAGAGUCGAGAACGGCACGCAAUACGGUGAUUUACCAGAGUUCUGCGACUACUACUACAUCUCCCGCGUCGCCAAAGUCAACGGCGCUGCGGCAUGGAGCUUGGCGAACGGACCGGAGAACCCGCAGAAUGUCACGAUCGACACGACGAUUCUGACGAAUGACAGUAUUCUCAGCUGGGCAAGAGCUAAGGGGGCCGUGGCGUAUGAGAUUAUGUGGAGGCCGACUGAUGAGCCUUUCUGGACUCAUUAUAUCGAGGUUGGGGAUGUGACGGGGGCGAGGGUGCCGAUUAGUAAGGAUAAUGUGGUGUUUGGCGUCAGGAGCGUUGCGAAGAAUGGGUAUAGGAGUCCUGCUGUGUUUCCGUUUCCUGGGUGA